AUGUUCGGUGGCAGCAGCUUCACCCAGCACCACCGGAGCUUCAGAUCUCAGUCACUCAGACUUACCGCAAAUCAACAUGUCCUUCAAGCUUGCUGCCGCUUUAUUCGCUGGACCCUCGCUGUCCUGCAGGUCAACGCUGAGACGCACACCGUCACAUUCAACAACAAGUGUGGUCGCGGUACUCCCCAACUGUACUCGCAGACUGGCCAGCUGCUCUCGACUGGUGGUGCGUGGACAAGCAACGGCGAAGCCCUUGGUCUCAUUGCCUACCUGCAGACCGGUGGUUGCGGCGCGAACGGCGUAGGGUGCACCCUCGUCGAGGCGACGCUCAAGAAUGGCGGUAGUGCCGCCGAUAUCUCUCUCAUUUCACCCCACGAGUUCUCUGUGGCCAGCGGGUUCGGCUUCUACGACGGCUGCGAUGGCGCCGGUACCGACUGCACUGACGCGAACUGCCCGAAGGCGUACCGCCAGCCUAAUGAUAACUUUGCCAUUGUCGGGUGCGGCGCUGACAACGUUAACCUUGCUAUCACUUUCUGCGAUUAG